AUGUCCAAUUUUGAUUUGUUGAGUGAACAAGGACUUCGUUUGGAUGGUCGUCGUCCACACGAAUUGCGUAGAAUAAAAUGUAAAUUGGGAGUUUUUGAGCAACCUGAUGGAAGCGCCUAUUUGGAACAAGGUAAUACAAAGGUUUUGGCGGCCGUCUAUGGCCCCCACCAGGCUCAAAACAAGAAGAUGGACAUAAAUGAAGUGGUCAUUAAUUGUCAAUACAGCAUGGCCACAUUUUCAACAGCCGAAAGAAAAAAGAGACCUCGAGGAGAUAGAAAAUCUCAAGAAAUUACACUGUACUUGCGACAGGCCUUACGGGCUGCUAUAAAAACCGAACUAUAUCCAAGAUCUCAAAUUGAUGUUUAUGUUGAGGUAAUGCAAGCUGAUGGUGCCAACUAUGCUGUUGCUUUGAAUGCGGCAACCUUGGCCUUGGUGGAUGCGGGUAUAUGCCUUAAGGAAUAUGUGGUUGCGUGUACCGCAUCGUUGAGUAAGAACAACAUUCCACUGACUGAUGUGUCCAAUCACGAGGAAAUUUCCGGAGGACCAACACUAACUGUUGCCUCACUGCCAACAUCUAACAAAAUAGCCUUCAUGGAGAUGACCCAACGUUUUCAUUUGGAUAAUUUGCCCAAGGUGAUUGAACAAGCAUUGGCAGGUUGCCGUGAAAUACAGGCAAUAAUGGAAACAGCUGUACGCAAGCAUUUAAUGCAGAUGGGAUCUGCUGGUGAUUGGAGUAAUAUAGCUAAAUAAAAAUUCAGUAAAACAUUU